AAGUGUCCCACAACUGUCUACACAUCAAUAUCCCACAAAUGUCUACACAUCAACAUCCCACAACUGUCUACACAUCAGUGUCCCUCAACUGUCUACACAUUAUUAUCCCACAAAUGUCUACACAUCAACAUCCCACAACUGUCUACACAUCAGGUUCCCUCAACUGUCUACACAUCAAUAUCCCACAAAUGUCUACACAUCAACAUCCCACAACUGUCUACACAUCAACAUCCCACAACUGUCUACACAUCAGGUUCCCUCAACUGUCUACACAUCAAUAUCCCACAAAUGUCUACACAUCAACAUCCCACAACUGUCUCCACAUCAGUGUCCCUCAACUGUUUACACAUCAAUGUCCCACAACUGUCUACACAUCAACAUCCCAAAACUGUCUCCACAUCAGUGUCCCUCAACUGUCUACACAUCAAUAUCCUACAAAUGUCUACACAUCAGCGUCCGACAACUGUCUCCACAUCAGUGUCCCUCAACUGUCUACACAUCAGUGUCCCUCAACUGUUUACACAUCAGUGUCCCUCAACUGUUUACACAUAAGUGUCCCACAACUGUCUACACAUCGACAUCCCACAACUGUCUCCACAUCAGUGUCCCUCAACUCUCUACACAUCAACAUCCCAAAACUGUCUCCACAUCAGCGUCCCACAACUGUCUACACAUCAACAUCCCAAAACUGUCUCCACAUCAGCAUCCCACAACUGUAUACAUAUCGACAUCCCACAACUGUCUCCACAUCAGCGUCCCACAACUCUCUACACAUCAACAUCCCACAACUGUCUCCACAUCAGUGUCCCUCAACUGUCUACACAUCAAUAUCCCACAACUGUCUACACAUCAACAUCCUACAACUGUAUACACAAUGUCCCACAACUGUAUACACAUCACCGUCUGACAACUGUCUACACAUCAGUCUCCCACAACUGUCUCCACAUCAGUGUCCUUCAACUGUCUACACAUCAAUAUUCCACAACUGUUUACACAUCAGCAUCCGACAACUGUUUACACAUAAGUGUCCCACAACUGUCUACACAUCAAUAUCCCACAACUGUUUACACAUAAGUGUCCCACAACUGUCUACACAUCAAUAUCCCACAACUGUCUUCACAUUAGUGUUCCACAACUGGCUACCCAUCGGUGUCCCACAACUGUCUACACAUCAAUAUCCCACAACUGUCUACACAUCAGUGUCCCACAACUGUCUACACAUCAACAUCCCACAACUGUCUUCACAUCAGUGUUCCACAACUGGCUACACAUCAAUGUACCUCAACUCAUUAGUUUCCCUCAACUGUCUACACAUCAGUGUCCCCAUAAAGACGUCACACACGUGUUUUCUAAUAUCUAUUCACCCGAUAACGUGUUUAAUUUAUAUACCUAUUUGUAUGAUGUUGACUUUGAUGUAAAUCCGCUAGAUGAAUGUUUUCCGUGUAAACUACCAGUUUAAGAAUCAUAACGAGUUAGCCGAUGCAAACAUGUUGAUAUUUGUCAAUGCAUAAUAAAUAUUAUGAUAACCAUCCAUACUCUAUGGCUGACCAUGUCUCAAAUACUUUAUUUUAGAUAUUUUACUUUGUUGACAUGUAAAAUGUAUACAAACAAAAAUAAAACGUUAUUUACAA